GAUAACCGAUUGUUGGUUCGAUUCCACCGGAAGCAGUCCUAAUGAAUAAUCUACCUGGGAAAUCUCAAAUAGCAACACCGGCACCUGUUACCCCAAUUAGUAUUAAUUUCACGAUGGCGACUGUGACAUUCCACGUGCCUGGAAAAGGAGCCAUAAAGAAGGAGAUCAAAGACGUUCGUGUUAUUGUGGGACCACAUGUGAAGCAUCCCUUACAAAACAGAUGGGCUCUGUGGUUCUAUAAGAAUGAUAAGAGCAAAAUGUGGCAGGACAAUCUAAGGCUUAUCACAAAGUUUGACACAGUAGAGGAUUUCUGGUCGUUGUAUAACAACAUCCAGCUUGCCAGCAAGCUUUCAUCUGGUUGUGACUACUCCAUGUUCAAGGAUGGUAUUGUGCCGAUGUGGGAGGACAGGAGUAACAAGUGUGGAGGACGCUGGCUUAUAACCCUGUCAAAGCAGCAGAGGCACACAGAGCUGGACCGCUUCUGGUUGGACACAUUUGUUCUUAUGCAGCUGCUUUGUCUCAUCGGAGAGGGAUUUGGGACCUUCAGCAGAGAUGUUUGUGGUGCAGUCAUUAAUGUUCGGGCCAAAGGUGACAAAAUUGCCAUCUGGACAACCAACACAGAGAAUGGAGAUGCUGUCACUUACAUUGGACGGAAAUACAAAGAAGGGCUAUCCCUGCCUGCCAAACUUGUUAUAGGAUAUCAAGCCCAUGCAGACACUGCCACCAAGAGCAAUUCAAUAACUAAGAACAAGUUUGUUGUGUAGAAAUAUACAUUUAAAAUCUCCCUUUCCAGAAAA